UUCAAAUCUUCCUUCCCAUUUUCAUCCUAUCAAUCUCUCUCAUCACCAUCUUCUAUCUUCAUCAAGAAAAAAAAAAGCAAAAUGGCAGAAAAGAGUGCAGCUAAGCCAUCACUGGCCAGUACUCCUAAAUUGAACGAAAGAAUCCUCUCGUCUUUGUCAAGGAGAUCUGUUGCUGCUCAUCCAUGGCAUGAUCUUGAGAUUGGAUCCGGAGCACCUGAACUUGUUAACGUUGUGAUUGAGAUCCCUAAAGGGAGCAAAGUGAAAUAUGAACUUGACAAGAAAACUGGUUUGAUCAAGGUUGAUCGUAUACUAUACUCGUCUGUUGUGUAUCCUCACAACUACGGCUUCAUUCCUCGCACGCUAUGCGAGGACAACGACCCAAUGGACGUUCUAGUGAUCAUGCAGGAAACUGUGGUGCCUGGCUGUUUUCUUCGAGCUAGGGCCAUAGGGUUGAUGCCUAUGAUUGAUCAGGGAGAGAAAGAUGAUAAGAUCAUUGCUGUGUGUGCUGAUGAUCCCGAGUAUCGCCACUUGACUGAUAUCAGCCAACUCCCGCCUCAUCGUCUCAUGGAAAUCCGACGCUUCUUUGAAGAUUACAAGAAGAAUGAAAACAAAGAGGUUGCAGUUGAUGCCUUUUUGCCCUCUGCAACUGCUAAGGAUGCCAUCAAAUACUCCAUGGACCUUUAUGCUGAGUACAUCCUGGAGUCAUUGAGGAAAUGAGAAAUCAUUUACAGUUCCUCAAUAUUAGUGAUGGUGGAAGAAGAAACCUUCACUAAAUUUAAGUAUCAUUUUUUUUUCCUUUCUUGAAAUUUCC